CGAGCACUACGAACGACAGUAAGAGGGAGUGGAGACGAAGAAGCUGCAAUCCGGGGCGGGCCAUCAACGGGACGAAGGGGAAACGGAGUUCUGCAAGACCUAGAUUCGCAGGUCCAGUCACUAGAUCCCGUAGCAAGAUGAACAAUAUCGGUACCCCCCCGAAAAUCUCCAAGGAAGCACCAUGCUAAGGGUUUGAGUCAGCCCAAGGCCCCACCCGCUGUAUGGUCUCGGGAAAAUGAGGAACACUUGAUCUUCAUUCUGCUAGGGUUAGCCCAAAAAGGAGUUAGGCCUUCAUUCGGUAGCCACGUGAACAAAAUCACCGAUGACCUCAACAAUCGUAUCGACAAUUGUCGUUACACCACCCGACAAGUGACUAAUAAAAUAGGAGGCUUAAAACAAUGUCACAAAGAUUUCACUAUGCUCCUUAGCGGGAAGGUGGGUACAGGCUUUGGUUGGGACCACACGACAAACACGGUCACCAAUAGCGAUGACAAGUGGGAGCAACUGAAAUUUGAGUUUGGUGCGGAUAAAUAUUACAAAUUCAAGUACAACCCGCCGCGCCUCUUCCCAUUGUUGACCUCCAUAUUUACGGGAUCGUAUGCCACGGGAGAGUUAGCUCACGCCAGCACACAGGAUCCGCCAGACACUGAUGACGAACGCGGCGAUGACAACCCGUUGCUUGACCUAAAUAAUCCAUGUGCCGUGAUCGACUUGGAAGAGCUUGACAUGCCCCGCCCUGGCAUGAGGAUGCCACCAAACAAGGGUAAGCGCCGUGCAACACCCCUCAAUUCCUCCCGGAGCAGCAAGCGUACUAACACGACCACUGAGGAAUUGGAAGUUGGGAAAAUGUCUGGUGAAUGGUCGGAAAUGAAGAGAGAAUUUGACUUGCUUAAUUGCAAGUUAAAGACAGCCAAAGGGUCAUCCGCUACUAGUAAACAAGAUAUAAUCGCAGAGGCGAUGUCGGUCCUGAACGAUGUGGCGGCUGAGCAUCCUGUGACGGAGGAAAAUUAUUGGAGGGCUGCCAAUUCCUUCACCGACAGGACAAAGGCAAGGGUAUUCAUCGGCAUGGACCCGAUUAAAAGGGUGGGAUGGGUCAUGCGAGGGAUUAAUAUGAAGGAUCUGUGAUUUCGCACUUUCGUUAUCUAGUUGUUGUGCUAAUCCUUUAGAUAUUUUCAGACUAUUGCUUUAUGUUCUAGACAUUGUCUUUAUUUU